GAUGGCGCUGACGGUACGAUGUGUAGGAAAAUAAAAACGACACACAUAACCAUACUAUCUUUUCAUCAAACUUAAUCAAGAUUGUUUACAUUAGUUAAAGUUUAAUUUUUAACGAUAAUAACGUAAAAUGGUUUGCGACAAGUGCGAAAAGAAACUCGGGAAAGUUAUCACACCAGAUCCAUGGAAAUCCGGCGCUCGAAAUACUACAGACGGUGGUGGACGUAAAGUAAACGAGAAUAAAGCCCUCACAGCUGCCAAAAACAGAUUCAAUCCCUACACAACAAAAUUCGAGAUAUGCAAAAUAUGCAAACAGAAGGUGCAUCAAGUUGGUUCACAUUACUGUCAAUCAUGUGCAUAUAAAAAAGGCAUUUGUGCCAUGUGUGGCAAGAAAUUAUUAAGCACCAAAAACUACAGACAAUCAUCUGCUUAAUUCUGAACACAGACUUUUAUUAUUUAUAGUUUAAUUUCACUAACCAAGUGUACAAUUAAUUAUAAGGACUACUACAGUAAUUUAGUGUAAUGUGUAAAUAAUAUAUUUAAGUGAAUUGCAUAUGAUACUUCUGUGGUAAGGUAUUUAAUAAUUUUUGGUUAAGAAAUAUUUUAAAGUAGCAAGACAAAGUUAGUAAUAUGCAAUUAUUUGCUUCACUUGUGAGUAAAUAUUAAAGUUAGUUUGUGAAAUAUAAAUUUGUUGUUUAAAAUAAAUUACAAUCUCAUGGUA